UUUGUCGCGACUCUCUUCGUUGAGACGCGUCGAGCGUGCGGAAUUCGAAGCCUCUGCCAACUUGCUCUCGUCUCAAUCGACGUACUGCAGUGGACAACGAAGCAUAGGCGUGUUGACGUUUUUCAAUCGACCACGCCUAGCUAGAGAACUAGCGAGGACGUUUUUCAAUCGACCACGCCUAGCUAGCGAACUCGAGGACGUCGACUAGCAAAAGGUGUUCGUACAGCUGACGGAAACGAAGUUCUAGAUGGACGCAGCUAGCGUUGAGAGCGGAAAGAGUCCUCCAGACGACUUGAAGCAACUUCGAGUAACGUCAUCUCAAGAUUUUGAGGAGGCUGAUCAGUACAUGUGGAACACGAACGCGGUAAUAGGAGGCGGAGCGUUUGGAAAGGUGUACAAGGGAUGGCAUAAGGUGACAUACGAGAAAGUUGCGGUAAAAGUUAUCCCUAGAGAAUUUUAUGCAAAAGAUCGCAAGUUUGUUGAAAGAGAGACAGACAUACAAAUGGAUAUGCGUGAUUGUGAAAACAUUGUCCGUCUCUUUGCAAGAACAUCAGCCUUGGACGGUUGUGCGUUGAUAAUGGAAAGAUGUGACAAAGAUCUCGAGAUGUAUGUGACAGAAUGCAGAGGGUUAGACGAAGCUCAAAUCAAGGAUUUCUUACUGCAGCUCAACAAUGGAUUGAAGAAGUUGUGUGAAAAAGGUGUGGUACACAGAGAUUUGAAGCCAGCAAAUAUCCUUCUGAAGCAAGUAGAUGGUGACCAACCAGGCUCAAGCAGGAUGAUUGUGAAGUUGGGUGACUUUGGGGGUGCUAGAGAGUACCGAACUGCGGAUCAAAUGACUACAAUGGUGGGCACACCGAUUUAUAUGGCUCCAGAAGCACUCGAGAAUUACCAAACAUCUCUCAAGGGUUAUGACGAAAAAGUCGACAUGUGGUCAGUCGGUGCUGUACUCUAUUUCUGCGUUACCACUAAACACGGAUUCCUUGCGACGGAGAUGGAAAUUCUUUCAAUUUUGAAAAACAAAGGCGACGCAAUAGCAUUUACUGGAAGCGGACAACUCGUCGAGUACUACACUCAAUUUCCCGUAACCACUGGCGCAAUAUGUCGUCUUUCCGGAGACUUUAAAGAGAAGAUGGAGACAUUGAUUCGGAAGCUUCUGGUUAUUGACCCCAGCAGAAGGAUGGAUUAUCAACAGUUUUCUCACAAUGUGAGGAGACUUUGUGGGAAGGAUGCUGUGCACGAUUCGACUAGACCUGAUGACCAUCCUGCAUCUCCAGACGGUCUGGCGACAACCGAGGUCUACAAAUUGAAUCCGUUGUUUGCAGGAGACCAGGAAAAUAGGAGGAGGCUCGAUAAAACGUACAAGUUGGUGUUGCUUGGCAACGUAUCAGUUGGCAAGACGUCGUUGGUGACGCGUCUUACUACUGGGAAAUCCACUCGAAAUACUAAAGCAACUAUAGCUGUUGACUAUAAGGAAGCACACUUUCCCGUCGAUGACUUAUUGAUUCCUGUUCAGCUCUGGGAUACAGCUGGACAAGAGAGACAUAAGGGAAGUUUGACCAAUCAUGUCUACAGGGAUGCUCACGGGUUGGUUAUUGUCUAUGAUAUCUGCAGCAAGGAAUCGUAUGAUGCUGUAAAAACUUGGCAUAGUCUUGCUAAGAAUUCUAUGGACAAUGACACGAUAUUUACAUUGAUUUGUGGCAACAAGAUAGAUUGUCGAUCUAGAGACAGUUCUCUUGUUCCAGUGGUUACAACUGAAGAGGGAGCCGCUCUCGCCAAUGACUGCGGAGCUCAGUUUGGUGAAGUCAGUGCAGAAACAAAUGCCAAUGUCAGUGAGGUCUUCUUGGAAUUCAUCAGGAAUGUCUAUCGUCGAGACAGUGAUGAACGAGCGAAUCCAAACGACAGCAUCAAAGUUUCUACGCAAACCCCAGAGACAGAACGUCGAUGCCCAAAAUGUUAAUUAACAUUCUCAUACAAACAUACUAUUUCGAUGUGAUUUUACAUUUAUAUUGUGUUUGUAAGUCGUUGACAUUGUGUUUUAAGUUAAAGUCUUGUAUGUUUUAGGUUUUAUGUUUGAAAAAUAUCCUAAAUG